CGCCAAGAAACCGACUCCAGUGAGGGGAACUUUUUCUUCUUUUUUGGAGGGGACUAACCCUGCUCCAAGAACGCAGGAGAGCUGCCGGCCAGAUUAAUUAGACAUUGCCAUGGGAGACGUGUAAACACACUACUCAUCAUUGAUGCAUAUAUAAAACCAUUUCAUUUUCGCUAUUAUUUCAGAGGAAGCGCCUCUGAUUCUACCCCCUCCUCCUUUUCUCUCUUUUUUUUUUUUUUUUUUUUUGGUCCUUUUUCGCCUGUGUGGUUUGGAAAAGGCAGAGUUGGAAUAGCCGAUUCCUAAAUAAAUCCCUAAAGCUAGAGGAUACGAUGCUGCGGAGGCUUGUUCAGCAGUGGAGCGUCGCAGUGUUCCUGCUGAGCUACUCUGUGCCCUCCUCUGGCGGUUCCUUGGAGGGACUCGGCCGCCGACACAAAAGAGCUGUGGCAGAACACCAGCUCCUCCAUGACAAGGGGAAGUCCAUUCAAGAUUUACGACGACGAUUCUUUCUUCACCAUCUGAUUGCAGAAAUCCACACAGCUGAAAUCAGAGCUACCUCGGAGGUUUCCCCUAACUCCAAGCCUGCUCCCAACACGAAGAACCACCCUGUCCGAUUUGGGUCUGAUGAUGAGGGCAGGUAUCUAACUCAGGAGACCAACAAAGUGGAGACGUACAAAGAGCAGCCCCUGAAGACGCCUGGGAAGAAGAAGAAAGGCAAACCUGGGAAACGCAAGGAACAAGAAAAGAAAAAACGGCGAACUCGGUCGGCCCGGUUAGACUCUGGAGUAGCUGGGAGUGGACUGGAAGGGGACCACUUGACUGACAACUCGGCGACAUCGCUGGAGCGCAACUUACGGAGGCACUGAAAUUUUCAGCAGAGGCCUUCAGAGAACAUAUUGCAGAAUUCUGUAAUAAUGAACAUAUGGAAAGUAUUAGAAAUAUUUAUUGUCUGUAAAUACUGUAAAUGCAUUGGAAUAAAACUGUCUCCCUCAUUGCUCUACAAAACUGCACAUUGGUCAUUGUGAAUAACUUUUUUUUUGCCAAGGCUAAUCCAAUUAUUAUUAUCACACUUACCAUAAUUUAUUUUGUUGACUGAUGUAUUUAUUUUGUAAAUGUAUCUUGGUGCUGCUGAAUUUCUAUAUUUUUUGUAACAUAAUGCACUUUAGAUAUACAUAUCAAGUAUGUUGAUAAAUGACACAAUAAAGUGUCCCUAUUUUGUGGUUAAUUUUAAUGAAUGCCUAAAUAUAAUUAUCCAAAUUGAUUUUUCUCUGUGCAUGUAAAAAUAGCAGUAUUUUAAAUUUGUAAAGAAUGUCUAAUAAAAUAUAAUCUAAUUACAUCAUGA